AUGAGUCCUCUCUUCAGUCUCUCACGCGAGCUUCGCGCUCAAAUCAUCGAGCAUGUGCUCAAUGCCACGGCAAGUCCACCGGAAUUCCCUCCCAAAUCAGACGCCAUCAUCUAUUCCGACAUAAAAUACAGGGCGUGGGUCGGACACCGCCAUGCAUACUACAGUCAACGUCCCAGUUCCCUCACCCCAAAUUGUCUCCCACUCCUGCUCGUGAACCGUCAGCUGUCAAACGAGACACGAGCUUUGAUCACCUCUAGAGCCCCAGACUAUGCUCUCGACAUCGCCAUCGAGGAUGAGUGCUUCGUCUAUCUGACCUGGUUGUCGGUGCCCUUCCUGUCGGGGCAUAUCUCAACCCUCACAGUAACGGUCCGACUUUUUGGAUCCGUUAUCCCUGACCAUCUGCUCAAACACCAACUCGGCAGCGAUGGUCGCGUGGGGUUCCACUACACCUUGCUCGCAGUGCUGGAACGGUUCGUCCGCUACGGCCCAGUAAGGGAGAAGCGUUGCUUCGGUACAAAUGUGGAAUUUGAGGACCGAGAUCUGUGGAUUGAGAGGAUAGUCCUAGACUUCCAGUCCCGACCAGCCUUCAAUAUGUACACCGGGAAGGAGCUCAUCUUUCCACCGGCUGACAUUGGCUGUUGGAGGUGGCAGGCAAGGCAUAGGGGGAACCGAGUCCGGGCAGGGAGUGAGCUCACAUACCAGGCUUCCAGCUAUAAGUCUCGGCCAGAAUGGAUGGCUGAGCUACUGGAAAGCUGGGUAUACUGGGCCGUCAACAAGUCGGACCGGUUUGCGAAGGAAUGGGGGAGCCCUCUAUUGGACCAUGUCGAGAUGCUGGUCAUGCUCGUGGAGGGGAACCAUUUCGCCGAUUACGAAAUCAUACCGGACCCGUCCAGCUCCGACCCUUCUUCAAUUGCUUCCAGCUCCGGCGUUCCUGAGAGCGAGUGA